CAAUCAGUUGUGUUUGUGUCUUGGUUCCGUAUGGUUCGGUUUUAUCGUCGCUGCUUUUCUCGAGUCUCGUUGGUUUCGUUGAUUGACCAGUCCAAAAAUUUCCGUGUUUUAUACGCGUUUUUAUAUUUUCUUCAUUGACAGACGGCGUCGGAAUUUCUGACAAUAAAUUGUUAAGAUGUAUGGCGAAAUGUGAGAGCAACGAUCUCAGCACUCACGCCGAAACACCUUAUGAAUAGUUUGGUGCUGGCAAGAAAAAAUCCAAGUAUUUUCUUCUUGCUUUUCUUACUGAUUCGCUUUGUUCCUACGAGUAGAAAAUAAGAAUUCUUGGUAGAGUGAUGGACUCUUGCUAAUUCGAGUUUUGUCUGUGUAAUUUUGUUAAGCUUGCGAAAGAAGAUUCAUCGUGAAGAAAAUCAGCUAUUCUCUAACAGGAUAACGGUGAACGGUUAAACAUGUGGUAGAGAGCUAUUGUUUACGUCUAGUGUACAGUAAUCUUUGAAUUCGAUAGCUGUAUAAUGUAAAAGCAAAUUUAUGGGGACGGAUUCCUCGAAGUUGUGUGCAAAUAAAUAAGGGAAUUCUAAAUGUUGCGAUGACCUAUCGGCCAAUAAGUAUUGUCAUCAAAAGAUAAGAAACUGUUUGUUUCUUAGCGAAUUUGUGGUGGUUUUGAUUUCGUCAGACGUCGUACGCUAGUGUCGUGUAGUUCUAAAUUACAAAAAUAAAUUCUCUGCAAUACUUGAAGCGAGAUGAAAGGAUAGUGCACAACGCCAAUUAGCUACCUACACAUAACAGACAGAGAUGUUUCCGGCCAAAGAUUAACUAUUUUCAACUUGUGAAGAUAAAUGUCGACAUGUUUCUUCAUGCAGAGUGCAUAAUAAAGCUUUUCUGGGUAAAACGGAAAGUGCGAAGUGAUGCAACUAUUUGUUAGAAGAAGAACAGUUUAUUAUAGUGAAGCUUUGUUGAUUAUUUGUGUGUCAUUUUUUAUUGAUUCUGUUUUUAUUUCUAAUUGAAUGUGUAUCUGUUGUUGAAAUAUCCGUGAAAUGGCAUCUGUCACUAUGGCAUAACAAAGGUUGAUUGAAUCAGUGGCUUGAUCGGUAUUACAAUUAAUUAAAGUGCAAUUUAUCAAAAACGGCAAACGGAUUAAUCAACCGUCAUUCCUAAUGGUGGUAUUCAAUGAUGACACAAUCGGAGGAUUCGCGAAAGGAUGGUUCAUCGAUAGGUGGUCUACAACCUGUCACACCUUUGACUCAUCACCAGACUGUACAACACCUGCAGGUUCCCGGUGGCCAAGCCGGACCUCUGAGCUCACCUCCUUUGGAGGCUACCAGGACGUAUGUAUUUCCCGGUUCGAGUGCAGUGGGCGGUAGUGGACUUCCAACAACCGGAGUCAACCGAGCCUUGUUCGAUCAUCCCAGAAAUGGCGGGCAUUCACGAUCAAUCAGUCACGGUGAGGGCUCUUUUGGUACACAUGGAGCGGUCGGAAGAUCUGCUCUUAAAUCCGCUGUUAAAGGAGGUCAUCAACGUGCACUGUCCCAGGGACAUAUUACUGAUGCUCCUGUGUCUCGUUCCGGGCAUAGUCGUGUUGGAUCCAAAACAGAUUUUAUCCUUCCACCUGGACACAAAGAUGUGCCACGAGAAACAGGAACCGCUAUCACUUCGGGUAAAGGCCAUUCACGGCAGGCAUCACGUUCUGAGUCCAUUUACACUCUUCGACGGGCUGAUCGACCCCCUUGGUGGAAACGAAUUAUGUUCAGUCGAAGCAGCAAAUUAGAAGACCGAGGGUAUCGUCUAGUUGUGCCUAAUCACACAGUGCCUCCGAAAACGCCAAAACAUGACCAUCCUAACGGACGGCUUGUUGGCAACAAAAUUCGGACUACCAAAUACACGCUACUAUCGUUUGUGCCGAAGAACUUACUUGAACAAUUCCAUCGGGUGGCAAAUCUGUACUUCAUUUUUAUUGUGCUGCUGAACUGGUUUCCUCAAAUCAACGCAUUCGGCAAAGAAAUAGCUAUGAUUCCGGUGUUGUUUGUACUAGGAGUUACGGCGAUUAAGGACCUGUUCGAGGAUCGGCGCCGAAGGGCCUCUGAUAAACGGAUUAACAACUCAACUUGUCGAGUAUAUAAUGGCGAAUCGGAGCGCUACAAGAAAGUACUAUGGCAGGACGUGCGGGUGGGCGACCUACUGCAUUUAUCCAACAACGAGACGGUUCCAGCGGAUAUUCUGCUGCUUAAAUCGAGUGAUCCACACGGGGUGUGCUAUAUCGACACAUGCGAUCUGGACGGCGAAACGAAUCUAAAGCGGCGACAAGUGAUAAGGGGGUUCGCCGAAAAGCAGCAUAUCUUCAUGCCCAGCAAGUUCACUAGUCGGGUCGAGGUGGACGCUCCAUCCACCAAAAUUUAUCGCUUUCAUGGAGCUGUGAUACACCCAUCGGGUGAACGGGUGCCGGUGUCCACCGAGAGUCUACUGCUUAGGGAAAGCCGUCUUAAGAACACCGAUUAUGCGGAAGGUAUUGUUGUCUAUGCUGGUCAUGAAACAAAAGCUAUGCUUAACAAUAGUGGGCCGCGAUACAAGCGGUCUCAAAUCGAACAACAAAUGAAUAUAGAUGUUAUAUGGUGUGUCAUCAUACUGAUUAUCCUGUGUGUGAUUGGUGCUAUCGGCUGCAAAAUGUGGCUAUCGUCGUUUGUAGCGACUUCCGGUGAUAAUAACGAAACGUUUCGUAUUCCUUAUCUUCCGUUCGAGAUUAGCCCAGACUACGAGGGUCUGUUGGCCUUUUGGACGUUUGUGAUAAUUUUACAGAUUAUGAUACCUCUCUCUCUGUACGUAACGAUCGAGUUGUGUAAAAUAAUGCAGGUAUACCACAUUCAUAACAGUAUCGAUCUGUACGAUUCUCAAACGAACAAGAGAACUGAAUGUCGAGCAAUGAACAUAACUGAGGAGCUGGGCCAGAUCCAGUAUAUUUUUUCGGAUAAAACCGGCACCCUGACGGAAAACCGAAUGAUUUUUCGAAGGUGUACUAUUGUGGGAGUGGAUUACAAUCACCCGGAAACCGAAGAAGAGAAGGAACUGACCAAAACCGGUGGUCCCGUACCGUAUCUUCAGCCAAAUAUUAGUUUAGUAGAGAAUUUAUAUCAAACAGUCGACGGGAAUUCGCCAACUAGAAGUGCGCAGCAGAUACAAGAAUUCUUUCUGGUGUUGGCAAUCUGUAAUACGGUGGUUGUAAGUGCCACACCUCACAAAGACCAUAUGAAUGCAAGCGGAGUAAUUGAGUUAAAUGAUAGUGAUACUAGCGUGACCUUGGUUAGACCGCUGGUGGUUGCUGAUUCGAUUGGAAAUGGUAUUGAUCCUGCUAGUGAUCGUUAUGCAAGACUCACAGAGUCACGAUCAAUCACACCGUCACCUCCACCAAGUGCUCCCUCGUCGCUGCCACUAAAACAAACCCACGUGCCAUCGCUGUCGCCUAUCAGCAGCUCUGCAGAAACAUCUCCAAUGUCAGAAAGCCCUCCGAUGAAACUGAGAGCCAUCACACCGACAGCUCGUGUCAAAUCUCUGGUCGCCAAGCUACCCAAAGUUCCCUUCAAGUCUAGUAGCAGUAGUAAUAAGAACAAGUUGAACAUGAAUAGCGUUAAGUUUCAAAAGUCCCAGUCUCAAGGAUCGACUCCGAGUGAUCGACGACCAAUUUUUGAGGCAGAAAGUCCGGACGAGCUAGCCUUGGUUAACGCGGCAUACAGCUACGACUGCUGUUUAAUCAAUCGAAGUCCCAAUCACGUUUUAGUGAAUGCUCCUGGUGAAGGUGUUGUAGAGUAUGAAGUUCUCAAAAUACUACCUUUCGAUUCCAAUCGUAAAUGCAUGUCGGUUGUGGUACGAAAGACUGGCACACAAGAGGUUAUUCUGUACACAAAAGGCGCGGAUAGUUCAAUCAUGUCAAAUCUAGCAUUAUGUGUUCCUGGUUCUGAAGAGUACCGACUUCGAGAGCAAACGCAACAUCAACUAAACCUUUAUGCCCGUCAAGGUCUUCGUGUUCUUGUAAUGGCAAAACGUCGACUAGAUCCAACAGAUUUUUCCGAAUGGUACAGCAAACACCAAGAAUGCGAGCUUUCUGUAGAGAAUCGUGACAAGAAAAUUCGAGAAUCUUUUGCACUUUUGGAACGCAAUCUCACGCUUUUGGGAUCGACGGGUAUUGAAGAUCGCUUACAGGAGGGUGUACCGGAAGCGAUAGGCUCCCUCUUGCAAGCGGGAAUUGUGAUAUGGGUGUUGACUGGUGAUAAAACAGAGACGGCAAUCAACGUGGCUUAUUCGGCGCGAUUAUUCAACUCGCAGAUGGACAUUUUACGAUUAACCGCCCGUUCGCGAGAUUCCGCUGAAACAUGUAUCAAUUUUUAUCUAAACGAGGUCGAAAAACAACUGAACGAUGUGGAUUUUUCAAUUCGAAGUGAUCGGGAAAAAGGACGAGCUCUGGUAGUGGAUGGAAAAACGUUAACAUUCAUUCUGGAUUUGCGAUCGAACCUAACGAAGCCGUUCCUCAGACUUACCAGAUACUGUUCAUCAGUACUGUGCUGUAGAGCAACACCGCUACAAAAAGCUUUCCUAGUUAAGGUGGUAAAAGAGGAAAUUCGGAUGAGCACACUGGCCAUCGGUGACGGUGCUAAUGAUGUAUCCAUGAUUCAGAUGGCGGAUGUAGGUGUUGGAAUUUGUGGCCAGGAAGGAAUGCAAGCGGUGAUGGCGUCCGAUUUUACUAUAGCGAAAUUCAGAAUUUUGGAAAAGUUACUACUUGUCCAUGGGCACUGGAACUACGACCGGCUUGCGCGAAUGAUAAUUUAUUUCUUCUAUAAAAAUGCUGCCUUUGUGUUUCUUCUCUUCUGGUACCAGUUAUACUGCGGCUUCUCCGGUGCCGUCAUGAUUGACGAAAUCUACCUGAUGAUUUACAAUCUCAUCUUUACUGCCCUGCCUCCACUUGCCAUUGGGGUCUACGAUAAGAAAAUUAUCGAUGACUUGUUACUCAACUAUCCACGGCUUUAUCGUCAUGGUCGUCUGGGAAAAGGAUAUAAAGCACACACGUUCUGGAUUGUUAUGUUCGACGCCCUUUAUCAAAGUUUAGUGAUAUUUUUCAUAGCAAAAGCUGCCUUUUGGGAUUCGGACGUAGAUGUUUGGGUUUUUGGGACUACCAUCACUUCGUCCUGCCUUUUUACGAUGUUGCUUCACUGUGCCAUAGAAAUAAAAUCAUGGACUAUCCUGCACAUAUUAUCAAUCGCAAUUAGUAUAGGAUCGUUCUAUGUAUUUGCCUUUUUGUACAAUAGCGUAUGUGUUAGCUGUUUUGGUCUGCCCUCCAACUACUGGGUGAUCCAUAUGAGCAUGAGCUCCGUACAGUAUUACCUGAUAACUGCCCUAACUUCAGUACUUGCUUUAUUACCUCGCGGUCUCUACCGAGUGUUGGAAAAUACUGUCUGGCCUGGUGAAGGUAUCCGAGUUACACUGCAGUACAAAGAGGAAAAGCGAAGAGGUGAGAAUUUAUUAGUAACGUGGUCUCGAUCCACGUCUGCCUCGUCCAUAUUUAGGUAUUUAACGACUACAACCAAUACGACGAUCACAACUACAAUGACCACCACAAGAACGUCCUCUUCGAAAAAGAAUCCUGGAUCCAAGGGCAGCACCCUGAAGGCUCGCAAGAAAAUAAACGCCGCUGUUGGCAUUCUGGAGCGGAACAAUCCACAGGAACGGUUCGGUUAUUAGAGCGAACACACCGAUGACAAAACGAAUUUCGUUAUAUUGAAACUACACAACCGCCGAUAACUGGAUUGCGCAUAAGACUGUAAAAACCAAACAUGGCAGAUGCAAGAUGUGUGAGGACAAAGGCGUAGAUGAAUUUUACAAACAUCGAUUGAUUCAGUAGUUUACUAAUUUAUAUGGAUAAUUCCGAAAUGAUAUAUUUAUUUUUAUUCAAAUCGAAUGACCCCUAGUUUACUGUGUGUUUUGUGAUCCAGAAAGGUUACUGUUAGGUGAUGAUACAAAUCAAAAUAAACAAAGUUUUCAUAACAAAAGGACAUUUUACGGAAAACUGUGAUUGCCCGAUAUGAAGAAGAUAUUCCCUGGAAAACUUUGAAAUUCAGUAGGCGUGCGAUAAAAAAACAAGAAUGGAUUAAUGAUGGGACAAGGACACACGAGCGCUUACUUUUGAAAAAUAACCGGCCUAAAAUUUCUACAUAUUCCGAUGUUUAUGUGAUUUCUGCAAUUCUUGUCUAUUCACCUGUUAACCGCAAAACGUUGCCGUUCCCAAUCACAACAGUAAUAUUAGGAGAUAAAUCAAAUGGUUCAACUGUAAUGAGUAAGCUAUCCUGUUUCAAAUAAAUUAUGAUACUUUUUUGUGGAUAGCUUCUACUAAAGAGCUGCAAGAAAUAAUCAGGAAAAAAAAACAAAUCGCUAGAUGCAGAAAAAUUUUAAGUCUUUUAUUUUUUAUUUUUUUGAAGAUAACACUAUGGUGAUUUUAUUUCGUAUUGAAAUUCGUAAUCGUUUUCAGGAAUAAUCAGGCAAUCACACUAGGUCUCUCAAUGGGACUGAUAGCGGCCUUUUUGAAAUAUUUAUUUCGCCUAAACCCGUAAUGCAUGAGAUAGUAUUGAUCUAGAAAUUAUAUCGUAUAAAUAUUUCAGCUUAUCGAAUUUUAAACAUUGAUGAUGCUAUACAUUAUCACUAAUAAACUAAAUAAUUCGUAAUUUUGUCUUGCCCAACGUCAUCACGAAUGUGCAUUUCAAUUGUUACACUUAAGCAAGAAAAAAUAAGAAAAUAGCAGUUCGUGUCGUAAAGAAAGAACGCUUUUUGAUUAACUAGCACACAACACAAAUCAUGUAACACGAAAAGGCUGUGAAAACUUAAGCACGUAACAAUGAUGCUAGCGGUACUGCUCUUUUUGGGCCCAUUUCGGCAGAAUAACUAGCCGGUUAGAAAUAUAGAGACAAUAAGGAACGUCAUUAGUUCAGUGAAAAGAAAUGUUAUUGAUAAAAACUGAAUACGUACUGAUCCAAGACUACGUAGCACUGAACACAACAAGUGAGCUGGCGUAAACUUUAAAUUCACACCUGCUUUAAAAAACUACGUGGUUGCAAACUACUUUGAAUCAGAUUUUCAGAAACUAAUUACCCUGGAAUUAAGCGCGAUGAAGACAACCCAUGGACAUAAUCUAACAUGUACGAGCGUAAUUUCUUGGCUCCCUCGUGUGAAUUGCACGACAAUGAUAUCAAAUACAAGAUUCAUGUAUAACGCCAAUAUUUCUAGGCUUGUAUAAAGCUUCCUCUUUUGGGUUUAUUUAUACCGAUACAGUUGGACAUUUUUUCCGAAAAAAAAUCAUACAAACAACGACAUACAAUCUACAAGAAGCUAGUAUUUUUCCAUUGUAGUAUUCUCUUAGUAGAAAAUACGAUAGCAAAUUUUUCAUCUCGUUAACGUAAAUAGAUGUAAGAAAUUCGAAACUUUGCAAACCUGAUGAUGAAUUGCUUCGACGACCAAACUUCAACAAAAUGUAAAUACCCUGAACAGCAGUGCGCUCUGAAACUGCAAUUCUUAGCUAAGUAUUAGAUUUUAUCGGUGAAAUAAAAUCAAAAUAGUUUUUAUUAAA